UAAUGUCUUUAUAUUCUCAACAGGUUAUGGUAAGAGCCUAUGUUACCAGUAUCCAGCUGUGUAUUGUAACGGACUCUCGUUAGUGAUAUCACCUUUAAUAUCACUAAUGGAGGACCAAGUGACACAACUCAAUGUUAGAAAUAUUCCUUCAUGUUUUCUUGGAUCAGCUCAAUUUGAUGAAGCAGCUGCUAAGAAGAACAUCCUCAGUGGUAAUAUUCGUGUCUUGUUUAUCACUCCAGAAUAUGCUGACCGCGGCAAUAAAUUCUUCAUUGAAGUCUGUGAGAAAGUUGGUAUUACACUGGUAGCAAUAGAUGAGGCUCAUUGUGUCUCUCAGUGGGGUCAUGACUUCAGAGACAGUUACAGGAGACUGGGGAACAUCAGGCAACACAUUCCUAAUGUUCCAUUACUGGCACUAACAGCUACAGCUACCCCAGCUGUUAGGAAGGACAUCAUCAGCUCAUUGAGACUGACUAACCCACUCAUGGUCACCACCAGCUUUGACAGGCCUAAUUUAUAUAUUGAGAUUAAUCCCAAAUCAGGUUUACCUUCUGAAGACUUCAAACCGUUGCUAUUAGCAACCAAAGACCCAGCGACUAACAGGACAGUCCACAGUUUUGAAGGCCCCACUAUAGUUUAUUGUCGUAAGAAAGCAGUUACAGAAGAGAUCACCUCAGUAUUGAAAAGUAUGGGUGUGUCCUGUGGUACCUAUCAUGCUGAUAUACCACUGAAGGAGAGGAAGGAGGUACAUCAUAAGUUCCUGAGAGAUGAACUACAGUGUGUUGUUGCCACCAUUGCCUUUGGUAUGGGCAUUGAUAAGCCUGAUGUGAGGUUAAUAAUACAUUAUUCAGCUCCACAAGAUAUUGAAUGUUAUUAUCAGGAAAUAGGACGAGCUGGAAGAGAUGGUUCUCCCAGCAAGUGCUACAUGUUUUAUUCAGACAGUGACUUCAAUUUGAACCGGCUCUUCCUAAAGGACAUCAGUGAUUCAUUGUUUCUGGAACACAAACAGAAAAUGUUGAGGAAACUGAUGACACUCCUGAGCUCAUCAGAAUGCAGGAGAAAAUUGCUGUUGGAGCACUUCAGUAAGAACCUUUCCACUGACAUUGGAGGUCAUAAAGACUGCUGUGAUAACUGUAGGAGAUUUUUACGAGGUGAUAUUCAAAUUAAAACAAAUUAUUCAAAAGAUGCCAAACUGUUGAUGGACGUGAUUAAAGCUUUGAGAAAUGAUUAUGGCAUUACAAUGACAGUAUCAAUUUUAAGAGGAUCAAAAGCACAAAAGAUUCCAAAGUACAUUUUGAAGCAUUCAGUUCAUGGGAAAGGAUUACAUCAUUCUGAGAAAUGGUGGAAGUCAUUUGCUGGUGUUCUUAUUUCUGGUCAUUACUUAAGAGAAGAAUCCGUUCCUCAUGGUUUUGGUAGUACAGUAUCUUUAUGGAGUAACUAUAUUCAUUUAUAUAAUUUUUUAUUUGUUUGUUAAGUUAAAGGGAGCAGGUGGUAUGAUAGGUUUGAAUCUGAUCCAGAUGGUACAACAAUUGAUGUAAUACCAACCAAUGACAUGAUAGCGUACGAUAAACAACAACAACAACAAAAUUCAAUAAUUCCUUCAAGUCUUAAUCCAAAAUAUACCUCGUCAGCAGCAGACAUGUUUAUAGCCAGCAGUGAUUCCUUAUUGAUUAUUCCAUUGAAAGAUGAUCCUUCAAGUUACAAUGUAUUAUUAGUUAACAUGAAGAAUAUGGGCGGGGCAGUGGGUGGAGCUAAUGUCCCAAUUAAAGACAAAGAGACAGAAGCUUUGGAGAGUGCACUGUAUGAGGAGCUGGUCAGUUAUAGAAACCAAAUGGCUCAUGAAACUGACAUACCUCCUUUCAUGAUAGCGUCUAAUAAACUACUGGGUAAUCUGUCUUUAUCUCGUCCCACUGCUGAGGAAUCAUUGCGAUUGAUUGAUGGAGUCUCUCAACAAUUUAUUACCAAAUUUGGAAUGAAAUUACUAACAAAAAUAAAAGAAUAUUGUACAGCUCAUCCAACCCUCAGGACUGACACUGAACUGAGCAAAGGAAGAGAAGAUACUGACACUGAUACUGGGGAGAUACAAGUCGCCAUAAAGGUUCGUAAGUCCAUCAUUGGUCCAAUAAGUGAAAAGAAUGGAUCCUAUUAUGAUUCAUAUACACGGGAAGGACUCAGUGUAGAGGAGAUAGCUUCAAGACGUGGUGUUCAAGCCCAGACUGUCAUGGGACACUUAGUGGAUUGUUAUGAAGCUGGAUACAUGCUCAACUAUAGGGAAUUGGGGUUCACUGAAGAGAUUGAGAGGCUCAUUACUGACACUAUAAGGAGGCCUCCUAUAUCUUCAGACGUAGGAAGAUUAAAGCCGAUUAAAGAACAGUUACCAGAACACAUUGAGUACUGGCAGAUAAAAAUGGCAAUAGCACUACUGAUGGUGACCAGUGGAUUCAUUAGAAAUAAACUAACUACAACACCAUCACUGACAUCACCUACUUUGUCAUCAGGUUCUUCUGGUACAGAUAGUAAGAGAUCAUUACCAAACACUUUUAAAAGGAGCCACUCCUACAGCAGCAGCAGUGGUGGGUAUGGUAGAGGAUACUACACUGGGUCUAAGAAGAAAGCAAGAAAGUUCUUUUGAACUAAUUCUACAACUAAAGAACACUUCAUUUAUCUGCUACUAUUAAUGCCCUUGUAUCAUUUACACAUUCAUUAAUUGUUGGAAUUAUUGUACUUUCAUUUAUUGUCCUUUUGUAAAAGUUUUAAAAACAGGUCAGUAAUGAUUCUUUAUCCAAAUU